AUGCCGCGUGAUCAAAUUGCUACGUUGCAGAUCCCUCGAUCGUCACUCCCUAGAGAGCUGUUCGAUGAGCUGAAGGUAUCCAUUCGAGGCCCUGUCUUCAAACCAUCUGAUGCAGAAUUCACUGAACGCUCCAAGGGGUUCAACGGGAAAUUGGUCUGCCAGUCGAAACUACUCGCGUGUCCGCUGGACGUGCAGGACGUCAGCGCUAUUGUCAAGUUUUGCUCAAAGCACGGCCUUUCUCCGUCCGUCAAAGCUGGUGGAUAUGGCAUCGCAGGAUGGGCGGUAGCAGGCGAUGUCAUAAUUGACCUGGCUAUGCUCAGAGAAUGCGACAUUGAACCUCCUUUGCCUGACGCAGAAGAAGGCAACGACUGGAUCAGGAUGCGCGACAUGUCGCCCCCAGGAAGUAAGGGCAAAGGUCGUGCAACGAGCUCGAAUGAUAAUCCAGAGAUCACUGGAAUGAAGCGGCGCCGCGAGGAUAGUCCGGAGCCAGUAGAAGAAGAUUUGCCCAAGUUGAAAGCCACUCAGGAGAAGCGCAACCUCCUGCGCUCGUACGACGGUGCAUCAAAGGCCGUCGCAACGUUUCUCAACGGCGCGCCUCUUCCACCUGAAGAGGGCGAGGAACCCCGACAGCCGCCUGCUAAUCGACGGCGCGUGUACUCCCCCGAGCCCUCUACUUCGCAGCAACAUCACGCUUCCGUUCAGCAGGCGGAGUCUACGCAGCAGCCUGAGCAGCGAGAGUCAGAUGACCUCCAACCGGACGUGUGUGGUGUCCGCACGCAGCCAGAGACAGCCGAUCCUUUCGAAUACAUGUUGCCUAACGGUUCGUCUCAACCACCUCCGCUGACGCUCACUAGCACAAACCCCUUCGGAGCAACGCCAGCUUCACUGUUCGCUCUGCGAACAUUCUCAAACAUGGGGACCUGGACGCCUCCACCAUCCUCUUCCAUGGGCGCUCAAGGUGCAUGGGGCGCAGGCGCCGGACCUAGCAUGCUGUCGCCAUUCGUUGCUCCUGGGCCUUACUCGGCACGCAUGGAUAUGAGCUCGUUCGUGAUGUCGUCCGAGAUGUUGCCGCCGCACGGCCAGCUGGUGGGUAUGGCUCCCGCACAACCGGUCCAUAAGCAUGCCUACGUUACAUUGGGUGCGGGCAUGCGCCAGAAGGAGGUGGACAUGUAUACCGCAGAACAUCCCCUCGAGGGGUUCAGUGCGGUAACGGGCCUGCGAGAAAAUGGCGUAGUGCCGUAUCACAUGCCAUCGUCGGCCCACCCGGUGGGAUCCUCGAUCCUGCUUCUUGGAGGAUUUGGAUUCAUAAGCAGGAUGUACGGUCUGAGCAUUGAUAAUGUGGUGGAGAUAGAGAUGGUGCUAGCGGACGGGAGGAUCGUCAUUGUCAACAAAGACGACGAACCGGAACUCUGGUGGGCGAUUCGUGGAGCAGGCCCUGCCUUCGGCAUUGCAACGCGAUACAAAGUGCGCGCCUUCCCAGUGCCCGUUGUCUUUGCUGGCAACUUGAUCUACCGUUUCCAUCGAUCAACAGCAGCAUCUCUCAUCAAACAUUUCCGUGACUGUAUCAAAGGAGCACCGCGCGAGCUCUACGUAAAUGUGCUUCUCACAGCAGGCCCCGCUGAUAAGGACUCGCUUCUCGUUAUCCAAAUGUGCUAUGCUGGGCCGAAGGAGCAGGGCAUGGAGUAUCUCAACGCGAUUUCCAGCUGGGAUGGCGAGCGCUGUAUCCUUAAUGAAGUGAACGAAAAGAGCUAUCUCAGCCAGCAGGACAGCGUCGCUCAGAUCUUGAGAGGAAAAGCGGGAAGGCAGUGGUUCAUGCGCUCAGCGCUCAUACACUCCCUGCCAGACGAGGUCAUCAACAAGACCGUCAUACAGUUCGCUAACACUCCGAUUGGCUGUACGUGGCUUUUCGAACUGUCUGGAGGAGCGAUCGCAGAUUUUGAAGACACGUGCCUGCCGAAGGAACAACGGGAAGCGACGUGGACGGUUGCUGCACUGCACCAGUGGGAGAUGGGUAUCGACGACCCACGCUGCAUAGCUUCUGCGGAAGAGUUGGUUGACCGGGGUCAUGGGCAGUUCUUGGCAAGACACGAGCCUCCGUCUCGCACUCAGACAUGCUACGGCAAGAACUGGGCUCGCCUGGCGGAACUCAAACGCAAGUAUGACCCCAACUGUCUCUUCAAAAACAAUUUGUGGCCUGUCGACAAGGACGGCAAUCCCAUCGAACUGUUGAGCAACGAGCCGCCAUCUCCAUGA